CAAGGUCAUUAAGCGGGGACAGUAAAGAACCAGGCCCUUGGUCAGUCAACUGUGUGGUAUAUGUUUCAGACUUUCGUGUCAACUGGAGCAACAACCUUGUCAGUACCACGUUUUCACCAGCAACUCAAUCAAAAAUCUAACGAAAACUGAACGGGUCGCCACUCUACAUAAUGAAUGUUAGUUUAAGACCCGACCAUUCACUUCUCGACCCGAAUUUUGAGUCUUAUAAACUCAGUCUGCUUAAAAUACCUAUUUAUGAGGCAAGUAGUCAAAAUGGAGUUUACUGCAAACCUCUCAACGAAGUUACUUCUAAACAACAUCUCAAAGCAUACAAUAAUAUUAACUGCCUGUGUGUUAAUCCGUUUGAUACCAGCUAUGUUUACUACAUGAGUACCGAUGGGUCUUUAGUGUCGAUGAAGGUACCACAGUAUCCACAAAACUUCAACCAAGGAACCAUUGUUUUCACACUUCCUGAUUGGUGUGAACCAUCUGAUGAAAAGUUUCGUAGUGUGUCGAUCCAGUUUCCUGCGCUAUAUUAUGUAUCUUUGUAUGAUGGUUUAGGUAAUCUAUAUCUCCUAAAGCCAGAUGUUCAACAAAGAAAUGAUUUACUCAACGUUGUUAGCAGGAUCCAACCUCCUGUCCAUGCGAAAGAUAGUCAGCUAUUAGACUGUUUACUUAAUUCUGAUGACACUUCUCAUCAACUCUUUUUGGAUUGUUUAUUUGUUGGUAUUUCGAAAAAAUCUGAAGAAGAUCCCAUAUGUAGCGAUUCGACUUCAACUUAUGUGACGUAUCUUGAAUGGAUCUCUUACAGCUCACCAGAAUCCAACAUGUCCUGGUCCAUAGUGCGGCACCAGAAAUUCGUUGCAUCUUCAUUUCCUGAGUUCGCUGCCUUCGAGGGUGAUUGUUCAGCACUGCAUAUUUGCUCAGAAAGAAAAUUUCAUGCUAUUUACGACUCCUGCAAUCCAUCUGUUCAUGAAAACUACCUUAAUAAAUAUUCUGAGUCUAAACAAAUGGAUACAGAAGAUACAUGUAUUGGACAGGAUCCCGAGUUUCUCGUAACUUGGACACAAACUGACGCCGAUGAAGAUAUCAAUCCUAGUUUGCUCAAUGUCACUUUUACGCUAAAUGGUAUCACUCUCCCAUCUUCAUAUGAUUCGAAUAUUGUUUCUGUGGAAAUCAUUCCAAUCUGUGAAGAGUCAUCUAAACACCAGAUACUCCGCGCGAACCUGCACUCCUAUAUUCCAGUCACGAAAACUAAAAAAAUUGGUGAUCGCCCUAUCACACUGAUUGAUCAGAUGCUCUAUGAACCAGUAGAACCCAAUUCCUCGUGGACCUAUGAUCGAAAAAAUAACCGCAUUGAAAUACGCAUAACUAAACAGAAUUCCCAUUACUGGCCCCGUUUGUUACUCGAUCCACAUGAAAAUAAAAUAUUAACUGGAAUGCACUGCUCACAUCACACUGGUCUGGAUGAUCAAAUGCGUGUACAAUCAGAUGGAAAGGCUGAUUUGACACCGAAACCGCCUUUCAAUGUUGGCCAGCUAGAAGAAGUUGAUUUCCCAAUGAGUGAAGAUGAAACUGAUCUUUUAUUACAAAGGUUCGAUCAUGAAACUCUCAAGUGUACUCAUCAGGCCUAUUUAUCAGGACACCAGUGGUUGUUCAAAAUUCGUUGUGCUACGGGGAAACCAAAUGCUACACACGCUUUCUGUAUCCGUCAUGAUGUAGAUGGGAUAGUUUGGUUACCACUAUGCCAGAAUACACUGACAGGAAGAGACCCAUGUGUAUGGAGACAUGUCUCAACUUUGCAAGCAUUUGGCUACGUUCUCGCCAGUAAACGUGAAAGUAGGUUUGUUUCUAGUCCAGUUUUAUCGGACGGAUCUCCACUAAAAUUUGUGGCAGUUGCAGACUUGACAAGGAGAAUCUACAUAUAUUGUCAGCCCCUAUCAAAUGAUUCUAAGGAUACAGAACUCCGGAAACGCACAACAGCUAACUCAUCUUCAGCAAAAAAGCAACAGAUUGUACAUGUCGCAUCACAACACGUAGUUACCCUACCAACUAAUGACCCAAUAAUUGGAUUUGUUGCUACAGACAAACCCUAUCCAUCAGUUUUGGUAUGCACACAGUCUACAUUGUACUUGUUAUCACUUGAUGGAUGAAAGCAAAUUACUUGCGUUAUCAGUUGUAUUUUUGCCAUAGUAAAUUUUACAUAAGAUUGUUAACAACGUUUCUGUUUGCAAAUCGUACGCUUUUUGUAAUUUUCGUGUAUUGAAGAAAAUUCGGUAUGUUAUGUUGCAUGUCGUAUUGGUUUUUUGUCAUUGCUUAAAUUCAAAAGCUCUUUAAUUAGUUAUAGGUACUCUGUUGGACAUCGCCGUUUGUAAAUGCCGUAACCGUAGGGCUAACUUGUCAAGAGCCUGGUAACGCGCUUCUGAAGUAGCUUCUGUACUAAGCACCAAAAUUUGAUGCUCUUGAUCAAUUCGCGCUUGUAUUGUAUUAUCUAAAAUGCAAGCCACUAGAAGACUUUCUACUUCUGGGUCGCUUAGAUUUAACCGUUGUGAAAUGAAAGGUAUGCGUAUUCUGGUGUACGGGCGAAUUAGUUUGAUGAGAACUUCAGUUCUAAUAUUACGAAGUAAGUCUUCAAUGUGUUCGCGAAUAAAAGAGUCUUCCAUAAUUGAAUCACGUUGAUGUCGUAAAAUGGACUCGAAUUCUACGAUAUUAUUGUUCUGAUAAGCUGUUACAAGACUUGUCAUAGCCACAAUUUGAGGAUCAUUUUUGUACGGUUUUGUUUCCUACAAAGCAAAUGCAGUUUAAGGAAAACAUGUAAAUAAUAUUAGGGUAAUGAACUAAAGUCAAAAUAGAACCUUGGCUCAUUAUUUUAAUUGUAAAUAAAUCUUCAUAUUGCUUCUUGAAUUCAAAAUAAAGCACAUUUAGCGUACUUCACUUAUCUGAACAGGGAAAAAGUGGAACAAAGGCUAUUAAGAAGUGUAACAUAGUAAGGAAUGAUGACACUACAUAAGAACAUGUGAAAUGAUGCAUGUUAUUACGAGCUUUUGAGGCAUCGAUCAACACUACUACCACUCAACCUUUACAAAGUUGCUAUCAGGUGGUUACUAACCCAAAAAACAAAGGAAUGGCAAGUUUAAGGGACCCUCUAUGAACUCUUUGGUUUGAAACUACGUGGAGAUUAUUAUACUGCUUAUCAUAAUCAAGACACUAUAAUGGAGCUUUCGAAACCUAAAAACACUUCAACCAUAUUGCCUUCUAGCAAAGCUCUUAGAGCAUAUUCUGGUUCAACACACUGAAGAAAGCUCUGAAAUUAUCGAAACACUCAAAUCUCAACCAUUUGGGUUCAGACUCAGACCGAAAAGUACUACAAACACACCAAAGCUAUGGCUAAAUACUAAAUACACGUAACUGCAUCUAGUAGAUGAGUUGCCUCAGUACAUAAAAAGGAUUAGUCCAUUGUAAUUUAUAUGACAUUUAAGUGACUGAAUGAGAAUAAGAAGGUUAUAAAUAAAUUGACCAUCUAAUAUAAACUUGGUUUGCUACUUAGGAGUCGGUCUUUUACAUAUUUUAGAUUGUCUAGGAUGAAUUUAUAUGCUUUGACGAUGGUCUAAUCCC